AGUCGUAAUAAUGUGCUAGCAGUAGAAGCAAGCAGCGGCCAUCUAAGCAUUGCACCACCGGUGCACCUAAUCCUUCCCGUCUUUUCCUGGUGAGCAAGAUAGUUUGCUGCCGCCAAAGCCGCCAUGUCUUCGUCCAUGUACAAGCAGCUGGGCUUGGGCGCCACCGGCUCGCCGGUCACCGCCACCCAUCUCCUGCUCCUCGUCCUCGGCGCCGGCUUCCUCGCACUCACCGUCUUCGUCGUCCACCCCAACGACUUCCGCCUCCAGUCGUUCUUCUCCGGUGGCGACGGCUGCCCCGGCAGCCCGACUGAUCUCCAUGGCGCGGCGCCAGUCACGAUGCAGAGGGCCGACACGCCGGCUGUGUCACCCGAUGAGCACCCCGGCGCGCGCGUGCUGAUCGGCAUCCAGACGAUGCCGGCCAAGUACGAGCGCCGCAACCUGAUCCGUACCGUGUACGCGCUCCAGGUGAGGGAAAACCCCUCCCUCGCCGCUGCCGUCGACGUGCGCUUCGUCCUCUGCAACGUAACCUCCCCGGUCGAUGCCGUGCUCGUCUCCCUGGAGGCCAUCCGCUACAACGACAUCCUCCUCCUCAACUGCGCCGAGAACAUGGACGGCGGCAAGACGUACGACUUCUUCUCCACCGUCGCGCGCGCCUUCCCCAACGGCACCUACGACUACGUGAUGAAGGCCGACGACGACACGUACCUCCGGCUCCCGGCGCUCACCGCAUGGCUGGGCGCGGCGGCGCGGGAGGACGCGUACCUGGGCCUGGUGAUGCCGUGCGACACCGAGAACUUCUACCCGUUCCCGCCGUUCAUGUCCGGGAUGGGGUACGUGCUGUCGUGGGACCUGGUGGCGUGGGUGGCCACGUCGGAGACCAGCCGCCGCGACCACGUCGGGCCGGAGGACAUGUGGACGGGGCGGUGGCUCAACGUCGCCGGCAAGGCCAAGAACCGGUACGACGGCGCGCCCAGGAUGUACAACUACAGGGGCGACUCCCCGGUCAACUGCUUCCGCCGCGACUUCCACCCGGACACCAUCGCUGUGCACAUGCUCAAGGACGACAAGCGGUGGGCCGAGACGCUCGCCUACUUCAACGCCACCGCCGCGCUCCCGACGUCCGGACGGUACCACCACCUGCCAUGAUUGAUUUUAAUCGGUUCCAUGGAACGUUCUUCGUUUUGGAUACUGGCUCCAUUGGUUCGACCCAGUCGGGCUAUCGUAGGUACGGAAGCGUGCGUUGAUUUGUUUUGUCGGGGUUGGUUUGACAAAAAAGGGAUGAUAAAUUGACUUGUCCAUACACCGUGCACCACGGAUAUAUAUUUUUUCAGCUCAUAUGUUUCAAAUUUUCAAGUUGCAAUGGACUUUUGAUGC